AUGGAGUCUCCUAAACCGAAUAGCAAUGGCCACCAAAAUGUCAUCGUUAUGCGUCACGGCGAUCGAGUCGACCAUUUAGAGCCACUCUGGCUUUCAACCGCUAAGAGACCAUGGGACCCGCCGCUCGCUCACGACGGUUUGGUUCGGGCCUUUAGGACCGGUCAGAGAAUCCGAUCUCAUUGUGGGUUUCCGAUUCACCGUGUCUUUGUCUCCCCUUUUCUCCGCUGCAUCCAGACCGCUUCCGAAGUAAUUGCCGCUCUCUCCGCCGUUGAUCUCGACCCAAACGCUACGUCGUCUAAAGACGUCCUUUCUGUCGACAACUCUACGCUCAAGGUAGCUAUUGAAUAUGGAUUGUGCGAGAUAAUGAACACUGUGGCUAUCAAGAGUGAGGUUGCUCCCAAAGAUAAGAAAUUUGAUUUCAAGAUUUCAGAUCUUGAAGCUAUGUUUCCUAAGGGAAUGGUGGAUCAUAAUGUGGAUAUGGUUUAUAAAGAGUUGCCACAAUGGGAAGAGUCUGGGGAAAGCUUCAAGAAACGAUAUGCUAAUACAUUGAAGGUUCUUGCGGAGAAGUAUCCUUUAGAGAAUUUGCUGUUUAUCACCCACUGGGGAGGAGUAAGCUCUACACUUUACAGAUACUUCAAAGACGCAACUAAGUACCUAGUAGAUUACUGUGGUAGUGUUGAACUGAGAAGGCAAAUUUUGAAUAAAGAUGGCUUUGGUGAAUCUGUGGAAUUUGAGGUGGUUACUAGUCAUGGAGUAUGUUUUAAGGACCACAACGUCCCAAUCCAUGAUCAUGUCGUAUACCAAUCUUCGGUUUAG